AUGGACGCGGUGGCGGGGCCGCGUCACGCGCGCUCGGCCUCCGCCGAGCUCGCGGUGUCGCCCCCUGGCGGCGUUCGGGAGCGCAAGCGCUCGUCGCUGUUCUCGCGUCUCUCGUUCCGAAUCCGCAGUCGUUCGAACAGCAUCGAGGACAAGGCGGCCGGAACGGCGCCGUCUAGGAAGGUCAGCCUUCCCGCGUCCAUGUUCGGCCAGCUCUCUCACUCGGCGCCACCGGCGACGGGCCGCCGCGGCGGCACCACCGCGCUGCGCCGCGCGAAGACGUUCGCCGCGCAGCAGCAGGGGCCGCCGCCGGCGCACGCGUCCGAGUACGCCGACAUGAACGCCGUCUACCAGGGGCAGCAGCGGCUGCUGCGUCCGCUAGCGGGAGCCGACUACGUCGAGAUGGGACAGAACUCGCUUCCGCGCUCGCGCAAGCCGAACAGGAAGCCCCGUGCGGUGGCGCCGCCUCGCAGCGAGGGCGAGCGAGCGCGGGCGGAGUCUGAGGGCAGCAUGCCGGCGUGGCUGCGUACGGAUAUGGAGCGUCGCAUGCAGAAAGCAAAGGAAGCUGAGAAGAAUGUCGUUGGAAGCAGCUGUGAGUCUCUGUCUGCAUCCUCCAGCGGUACUGACACAUCCAAAGGUUCCAACGUUGUCAACAUUCACCGACCUCGCUCCGCCAAGGACUACGCCCGGGUCAAUCGGAAGGCCAUCACCGCGCUCGACGGCGGUGGUGCCACCUACCACAGCGACGACGAACUAACGGUGCCGUCGGACGCCGCGCAGCAGCAGCAGUGCACCAAGUAUCCGCAGUUCUGCACGUUACCACGGCGACAGAGUGCUCCGUGCAAAAUCUCGAGCCGGAGCAUCGCGUACGUGAACCCGCAGAGUCGGACGGAGGACACGGACGCGUACCUAGACAUGCGGGUGGGCCCCGCCCACGACCCCUCCCCGCGCGUCGCCGGCCCCUCCCUGGCUGCCUCGCACCCCCGCUGCGCAGUGGUUAACCCCAUGCUGCGGCAGGUCGAGGACUUGUACCUCGUCAUGGACGGCCGCACUAUGAAGGAGAAGACCGCCGACGUGGAAGAGGACGGCUACCUCAUGAUGGAAGGCGCCGCGGCAACGAGGUCGCGACCCCACGACAGCGCCCCCUACGUGAAGAUGAGCGGCGGGGCGGCGCGCACGCAGCAGCCUCUGCCGCCGUCGUCAACGACGACGACGACGACAGCGUCCGACACGGACUACCUCAUGAUGCGGCCCGUCGCUCGCAGUGGCUCCCCCUGCCAGCCGACCCCGGCCGUCUGCCACGAGUGCGGCUGCCACCGGGUUGCGCCGCCUGCGGCGGCGGCGGCGGCGGCGGGCGGGAGCGUGAACUACAUGGAGCUGAAGGCGAGCGAUACGGGAGGCAGCGGAGGAGGCGGGGGGUCGUCGCCGCGGCGACCGGCGACGGAGUACGUCUCGAUCAACCUGCUAGCGACUCAAGCGAUGAAGUGCAUCGGAGACGAGAGAGAGAGGCAGCGCCGCGAGGGCUCCCCCUACUCCGCUAACCCGUAG